CGGGGCGGGGGCGGAGGGAGCGCAGCGAGAGGGGCGCCGGGGCCGAGGGCCCCCCGGGCUUCUGCGCAGCGCUGUCCUGCCGGGACUGUGGUCCUGGGGCUCAUCCCCGGGCGGCCCCGGGACUGUGCUGGUGCCGGUUCCCCGUCACGGCUGCUCCUGGUGCCUCCACUGCGUCUCUUCGCCCGGGUGUCCCGUCUCCCCCACGCUCCUUCGGGACGGCUUCUGCCGCGGCUGUCACAGUCCUGGCGCAAGGCGGCGCGAACCGGCCCGGAACGAGGCCCGGCGAGAGAGACGGGGUAAACCGGAGAAAACCAGGACAGACCGGGACCGUCUCCUGCCUUCUGCCCCCGCUCGCUGGCUCCGGUGCAACAGCGGGAGCGCCGGCCGCUGCCCAGUGGGCGCUGCCGGUGCUCAGUGCGGAUGCCCCCGGGGCGGCGGAGGUCGGCACCACCCCUCUGGAUUCCCCGCUCGGGCGGCAGCAGCUGCAGCGCGGCCUUCGGCGCUGCGGGUCCCCGCCACGUCUCGAUUCCCACCACGGGUCAGCCCUUGCCAGCAGCUCCCGGUCCCAGCUGCCAGCCGUGUCCUCUGGAGGAGGUCUGGAAGUCUCCCGGGGCAGCCAGUGAGCCGUGCUGCUCCCGGGCUCCCUCCUCCCUCCACCGGCUGGUUUCUUCUCCCCAGCUCUUUCCGGAGCGGCUGCUGGAGGGCAAACCCGUCUGACUUGGUGCUGGCUCUGCCGAAGCUGGGGAGAGCUCGAGCUGAACCUUUCCCUUCACUGGCAGCAUUGCUGAGGAGACCAGGACUGGGAUGCCAGAUGGGGAUGUGCCGUGAGCCUGCUGGUGGCCAAAGGGUCACCUGCUGCACAUGGGACCAGGAACUCAGGUUCAGGAGGGAGGGACUCCUUGUCAGAGCCAGGAAGAGGAUCUGAUCCCCGGAGAUCAUUGCCACAAACACGCAUAACUGAAACCUGCAGCCAUGCUGAAACAGAUAUUAUCGGACAUGUACAUCGAUCCUGACCUACUGGCGGAACUCAGUGAGGAGCAGAAGCAGAUCCUCUUCUUCAAGAUGAGGCAAGAACAGAUCAGGCGGUGGAAGGAAAGAGAAGCUGCUGAGGACAAGGCUUCAGCAAAGAAACCACCGCUGAGAAAAACCAACAGGAAGUCAGUGACGUGGAAGCUCGGAGCUGACAACGAUGUCUGGGUCUGGGUGAUGGGCGAGCAUCCUUCGGAUAAAUCAUACGCAGCCAUCUGUGAAGAGAUCCAGGCACAGAGGGCGAAGCAGUUAGUGGGAGAGCAAGGCAAGGAGGGCAGAGAGACUGACUCUCCUGGUACUCAGUCGCUACAUCCACAACAAGGAGUCCUGGGUGAGACAGAUCUUCAUGGGAAUAAAAAAAGUACCGUGGAGAAGAAGGAAGAUGGAAGAAAAACUGCUGCUGCUACAACAGGGAAAAGCCAGAAGCUCACAAAGAGGGAAACCAGAGAUGUUCACCAGAUGCUGGCAGACUGCCACAUGAGGAAGCAUGGCUUUCAACAGACAAAGGAAGCACAGAGAACUUCAGAAGAGACCAUAGCUCCCCAGGAGACAGUACCAGAGAACCACCCCAGCUCGGAGAGCCAGAAGACACUACAGAAAUUGGAUGAGAAUGAGCCUGAAUGGCAGGAAUCCUUGCGGAAGUCCAAGGCAGCAGAUGAGAAGCGGCGCUCUCUCGCACGGCAAGCCAGGGAUGACUACAGGAGGCUUUCGCUGCAGGGCAUCCGCCGAGGGAAGCAGGCAGAUAUUUCCAAGGGUGCCGCAGCAGGAGACCGGCGGCCGCUCCAGUAUCCGCCUCUCCCUCCCAAACCCAAGCUUCUGCCUGCUGCCAUGGCAAACGGAAGAUCCACUAGGAAAGAGGGAAUCCAGAGGACAAUCUCCAACUCCACUGAAGAAAGCAUCAUCAAGUGGUUCAAACAGGAGCAAUUUCCUCUCCGAGCUGGCUAUCAGAAAAGCAUGGACACGAUAGCACCUUGGUUCCAUGGUAUCCUAACCUCUAAGAAAGCAGAGGAGCUUCUGAAUAAAACAGUACCAGGGAAUUUUCUGGUCCGGGUCAGUGAGAAAAUCAAAGGCUACGUGCUCUCCUAUCGAUCCGUGGAAGGAUGUAAACACUUCCUCAUUGAUGCCUCCAGUGAUUCCUACAGCUUCCUUGGAGUGGACCAGCUGCAACACUCAACGCUGGCUGACCUUGUAGACUAUCAUAAGUUUUUGCCAUCCGUGGAGAAUGGAGGAUGGGGGAAAAGGCACUGCCAAGAGGUGACAGAGACUUCCAAAAGAACACCGCAGGGAAAUCUUCUGCCAAGUCAGCUCUUUGUUUCCAGACCUGAUGCACAGAUGCUUGCAUUUACAAACAAAUCAGUUUGCACUGCUGAAUAAGCAUGAAAAUUUGUUAUCUUGCACCAAGAGCAGGAAGAGUCUGCCUUUCAGGGGAGGACACAAGGAAGGUUUAGUGAGCUCAGACUGAGCUGCAUGCGGGGCUCCAGGUUUUUGAGCUCUGAGUCACACGUAGGGCUUCUUCCCUCUGGAUUAUUUCACCAUACUACGUGAAAGCCAGCAAGCCUGGAUUAGUGCAUGAAGAACCUCCACAGAGCCAGCACUGCAGAGUGUAACCCUUCUUUGUGCCUUUCUGCACACCAGAUUCUUCUCUGUUCCCUAAGGACAGCACUGGUAUCCAGGCAAAACCCCUCAAUUGUGCAUAAAGGCAAGCUCUAAGCAAAAGGGUAACUUUAACGGAAUGUUAAGCAAUGUAUGGCAGCAAACAUCUCCUCCUUUCCCCUUGUCUUCUCCUCAUCAAAGAGCUGGUGUCAAGCAGUCAUACAUGCUCAUUCAGCUCCUACAAUAAACAGUAGGAAUGUUUUGAAAUGAUGAACUGAACAACAAACAGAAAAGAGGAGACUGGAAGCACGUAGCUCCAUGAGGCAUUCAAAUGCUGGCAGCCAGAAGCACUUUCCGGUUCAUUGCCCUUACCCUUAGUCCCACAUCUGAACAAGAGGAAUUUGACUGGUGUGGAGGAAGUGUCUGUACCAGAGGAAAGCUAGGACGUGCCUCAACAAGGUCUCCAUAGUCUGAGCAACUCGUGUCCCUGCUGUAGGAGACAUCGGCUUUACUGACAGGUAUACCUUGGUAUGGCCUCAAGAAUCUACUGUCUCUUGAAACCAUGAUCACUGGAGAAGCAUAUACAGAGAGUGGAAAUGAUCAACAGGGCAUUACACAACAACAGUAGUAUGUCCUCAUCACAUGGAGGAUGCAUUUUGCUCUGCUCUAUUGAUAGAUACUGGGUGAAGGAAACAAUCCACAUAAAAAAUCACUAGUGAUUUGAGAUAAGCAUGGGGGCUAGUAUUCAGCACAUUGGAGCAGUUAUUCCACAAAAGGCAGCCAUCUUACCCACAUGUUCUCUAAGUCUGCAGCACAAAUAUCUGAAGAUGAAGACAAGUUUUUCCUCCUAUAUUAAAUUCUGCUAGGUCAGCUGUAGACUAAAACCACUUAGAGAUAAUACUAUUGAACAAUAAGUAGGUAACAUGCCAGUUCCUAUGCAGUGAAACUAGUAUAGCCAUGUUACAAGCAAAAAUGUAGUGCUUUUAGUGACUGAGAAACAAUCAUGAGCCCUUGGGAACAAGAUCUGUGAAGUUUUGUCUUAUGCUUCUACUGCACAUGUUCUUGCCCUUUUAAUUCAGAGCUGCCGUGCAAGAGGGGCUAAUCUGAAUUGAUAUCAACCACAGACAUCACAACUCUUGGAAUACAUCUGGUGCCUUUAUCUGACUGGGAAAAAAAGUAGCCUGACUGGAAACAAGUAAGCACUGUGGAUUUUGUGACAGAAGACAUGAAGUAAAAACUGAUUGACAUUAAAAGUGGCAUUUGGCAACUGUAGACUUACACCUCAAUAUUACAAAUGAGGGGAAAGACUGUUUAGCUUUAGGUUAAGCUUUCCUAGUCAUUUGAGCUUAGAAGUGAUACCAGCUGAGUUACUUAGCUACUGAGCUGCUGUCCACAAAAACUGUCUUGCCACUCUGACUCUGGCAGAGCUGUGUAGGUGAAAGUAAGGGUAACAGAGUUUGGAUUUGAAGAGCGGGCAGUCAUCAGUCUUAACAUUGGUAACAGAUCUGGGACUGCAGCCUGAACAUUCACUCUUUGCUUUUACAGCUCUGAGACAAGCAUAUGACCUGACAUUGGUGGUCACUGCAAGAGACUGGCAGGCUGUCUCGUCACAAAGUCCCAUUCCCCAGGAAAGCUGCCAUUCUGCAAUUGUGCCUGAGGCAGCAUCGCUGAGUCACUGCACUAAUGCCCAUCCCAGUGCUCUGAGAAAACAUCCAUCUCCUUGAGCAGCGCAGUCGCACCAGAAACACUCACCAGCACUCUGUGGCCCCUCUAACCUGCUGUCUGCAUACCAACCUUCAAUGAAGUCAGAGGCUGUGUAUACACGGUGCUUUGCAUUGCCAUCCCCUUCUGGCCUGUUCAAGCUCCCAACAGCUAACUCAAUCACCUCUAUUAACUCAUCUCGCUUAUCCUUCCUUACAGGCUUCUCUUCUGGGUGGCGCGUGAGCCCUGUCUCCAGCUGGUACACCUUCUGUAGGGUAAAGCUCUCAAAGGGCAUGGCAGCAUACUCCGUGGACACCUUAAUGCCACUGUACACCUCUGCUUUGUCUAUUUGGGAACGGAGGAAAGCCAGCAGGUUAGCCUGGGCCUUCUCUGGAUCACUGUGGUCAAGCCGAAUGUCUGAGGGAUCUGGGUACUGGUCCUGCAUGUUCUUAAGUUGCUCACUCCUGCCCUGGAGCUGAGCCUUCAGCUGGGAAAUUUGUUUCUUCAAGCUGAUGAUGUAGUUGUGGUGUUGCUCUUCUCGCUCUUGCAGAAUGGCUUCAUAUCCCUCCUUCACAGUCGGACUGUGCACCCUGGGCAAGGCGAGCUGCUGGUUAUCACCCUUGGGUGUGCAAGCUAGCAUAUAAACAAUUGACACUGAGCAGCAGGCCACCACCAGCAAGCCUACAAGUCGGGGGAGAAACAGAAUAAGUCCACGUCGGAGCAUCAUUGCUCAAAAAGCAGUCUUACUGCACAUAUGCAACAGUUCUUAUGUCCAUGCAAUGACACAGAGGCCUCUGGACUUGGAGAGCUCUUACAGAGAUACAUGUAUGUUCAAGAACUGGCUUGUCAGCUCUCUUAAAAAGUGUACUCUGCCUCUAUAUCAGGCGCUCUCUCAUGUUUAUCCAGCAGGACCAAAAGACAAGCUGUGAAGCAGACAGGACACCUCCCAGUCCUGGUGGCAACACCUAUGCUGCUCCAAUGGGAUCAGCUGGUGGCUGAUGAAGCCUGACAACCUGAAAGAUAAAUGACAAAGACAUCCAUUCAGGCAUAUUAGAAUCUGGUCAUUUGGUCCAGACCAUUGGGAGUGUUCUAAGAGAGAAGUGCUCUGGCAGAUCUCAGAGCUGUGAAAUGCUUGCACUAAGACCCAAAAGGUGCCCAGACCCUUAUGUGGGAAAUCCUGUGUGCAUGUGUUUAAUUUUAAUAACAUGAUUUGGCCCAUUGCCAAUGAAAAACUAGUCCAGGCCUCAAAGGCUGCCAUGCUGUAGAAAUAUUAGGAAGUUGUCUCCUUUAACUUUCUGGUGAGAUGUUAAGGUGCUCAGUUCAUCUGAUCAAUGAUGGCCCUCCAAGUGUUCUCAAUUGCAGCAUUCAGAUUUUGAAGGCAGCCAGUCACACAGCUACCACAUGCAUUUCACUUUUCAGGCAUGUUUGCCCAAAACACUAGGUGGGCAGUGUGGUACUGUUUGAACAUAUGAAGCCUGAUUUGGAGAAGAAAUUUGGUGACCAAGAAACCAGAAACUAUUUUCAAGGUCAAUUGAUAGAAUCACAGAACCAUAGAAUCAUUUCAAUUGGAAAAGACCUUUAAGAACAUUAAGUCCAACCACUAACCUCAUGAUGCCAAGCCCAUCACUAAAUUGUGUCCCUCAGCAUGUCAUCUAUGCAUCUUUUAAAUAUCUCCAAUUGUUGCAACUAACACUGUUUCACAUAUCCAACCGAUGUUCAACAAAGAACAAGGGACAGUAUUUUUUUCAGGAGCUUCCAGAUCAGGUCAUACUCAAAACCAGGGGAAGCUUUGUUUCCAUCUAGGAAACAGUCAUCAUUGUACACAAUGUUAUCAUUAUAAAAUGCCUUGCAACCAAUGUACAGUACUACUGUAUUUUCCACACAGGCUUUCUGCCCAAAAGUGAAGACCACAGAAAAGGUUUAUGGAAAGCUUGCUCAGGUAUUUUUAAAAAUAAGUUAAAACUUUGAACAUUGGUAUUUUUAGUAGGACUUCCUCAACUACACUUGGAAACAGGAAAGAAAAAUCAGAUGACUGAACAUGAAUAUUGACUUAGCUGUAAGCACCAGUAAAACAAUUGCACUGAGAACAGUACCGGCGGGAUUUUCAAAAUCCCUCAGUUUUGGCCCAGAUCCAUGCCAAUGUAAGGAACUUUGUCAGCUGACAGUAGACUCAGGCCAAGGGUGAGUAACAUCCAAGGUUACACUGUGAUGCUGCAUUGUUAGAGUGAAAUACAAUCAAAUCAACCCCUUGACCCUCUCCUCUUGGAUGCAAGCCUGAAAUUAUGAUGCUGCUUUUGAAAACAGAGAUUCAUAGUCAUUUUAGUGAUAUCCUUGUCAGCAGAUCCCUAAGUGAAAACAAUUUAUCUAAGAAUUAAGAGUUUCAGAGUUAUUUCUAGUCUUGAGUCAAAGUCUUCUGUAGAAGACCUUUUUUUUUAAAUCAACUGCAACAUGACUUCCCCCACCUCGUGUCUUGAUUCACUAUUGCUCUAUAUACAGCAGUUAAGCAGAGAUGUUUCUGAUCUUUGAACUGUUAUCAAUAUUUUACCAGCCUGUAAAGCUUGCAGAAAAAACCCCCCCACUUUUAGACUACAAAUUGAGGGGGCUAGAGUGAACUAUAAAAAUAGUACUAUGUUUUCCUCAAAGUAAUGCUGAAUUGCUAUUACAGUAUUUAUAAACUUCUCCAGAAAAUGUCAGUGUCAAGAGGCAAGAAAAGGGAGAGGAAGAAGUUGGCGCCCUUACCUUUUUGCUGUGAUCUUCUCUUUGGAACAUCUUGAUCUGCUACAGCUAUUUCUCAGCUUUCCACAAUCGUCCCCUGUUUAUCUCCCUUCUUAUGCUCUUCCCAGAAAAUGCAUGCACUAUAAAAAGCACUGUCAGCCUCAGAACACCUCUUCAUUGCUUUCACAUUUGCCAGCUGCCUACUUCUUCAGUCUGUCUCCUGUGUGGUGAAAGGCUGUAGUGGAGAUGCUUCCUAUGGAUGCACUAUAAAAGUCAGUCUCCUGCAAUGUAAAGGAGCUUGUCAAAGCACGGAAAAUUAAUCUGGCCAUUUCUAACUCUACAACAGAUUUGGCUAGAAGACUGCAAGAAGGUAGUGUGCAGUGAGACAGGGUCAGGAAGUGCUAAGAUGUACUACAUAAAACACUGCUGUGCUUGUAUGCUUCACUUCACACAAUUAGUCCAUUGACUGAAUUGGCAGAAGCUGAACAUCACUGAAAGGAUUAGUUGUGCUAACAUGGUCUAAACUGAAAUUACAUCUCAAUGGCUUAGAUAAACACACAAAUUCAUUUCUACAAGCAGCAACAGAUUCUAGUUUUGGGUAAAGAGCUCUUCAAAUGUUGACCUUAAAAUAUAUGUAUGUAUAUGUAACUACCUUUAUUAAAACAUACUGAGACACUCUUUAGGAUAUACUCUCUUUCCUACCUAGUUUUCUGGUUUGUACUCCCACCCAUCAAA